CGGCCCAAACUACCUUCCUGGUUGCAAAACAAGGCCCGAGCCCGACCCAGGUUUUUGGGGCCGGGCUGUCCAUGCCCAGGUCUAAAUCUAAUGCUAGUGUGCGACAAAGAUUGAACACCAUCGUGUUAGGAUGGAUGCUACUAUAUAUAUAUGCAAGCAACAGCUCUUAGCCUCAUACGAGUCCCAAGAAAUCUUGAUCGCGAGUGAGCCAAUGGGCAGCAUCGAGCACAUGGAAGCUGCCGGCACUGUCCGGAUCGUAUCCCGACGCAUGGUCCGGCCGUCGAGCGGUGGCGGCACGCCGUCGGAGGUCAUCCACCUAACGCCAUGGGACCUCCGCCUCCUGACCAUAGACCACAUCCAGAAGGGCAUCCUCCUGCCCAAGGCCCCCGUCGGCGGCAAGCGCCUCGUAGACGCCCUCGCGUCCUCCUUGGCGCGCGCCCUGGACCGGUACUGCCACUUUGCCGGCCGGCUCGCCGUCGAGGAGCUGGGCGACGGGACAGUCACCGUCGCUCUGCGCUGCACAGGGGAUGGCGCCGAGCUCGUCCACGCGGCGGCGCCAAGCGUGGCCGUCACGGACCUCGUCGGCUCGGUGUACACCCCGUCGCCGGUGGUCUGGGACUUGUUCUCGCUGAACGGUGUGCUUGACGCGGACGCGGCCAUCGAGUCUCUCCCCGUGCUGUCUGCGCAGGUCACUGAGCUCGCCGACGGCGUCUUCGUCGCCGUGUCCAUGAACCACUCCGUCGGCGACGGCACCUCCUUCUGGGAGUUCUUCAACGCAUGGUCGGAGAUCCACCGAGGCGACGUUAAUGGCAACGGCCUAAACAAGAUGAAUAUGGUCUCGACGCCCUCGCCGGUGCUCGCGAGGUGGUUCGUCGAGACGAGCCCGAUGCCGAUCCCAUUGCCGUUCAGCAAGCUGCGGCACGUCCUGCGGCGGUUCGAGCUCCCGCCGGUGCGCGAAGGCUUCUUCACCUUCUCCGCCGCGAGCGUGAAGAAGCUCAAGGCGAGGGCGAACGCCGAGAUGGCGGGCGUCGCCACCGCGCCCAUCUCGUCGCUGCAGGCCCUGCUCGCGCACCUCUGGCGGGCAGUGUGCCGAGCCCGGCGCCUCGCACCGGGGCAGGAGACGUUCUACGCCGUCAUCAUCGGGUGCCGGGGGCGCGUGCGCGGCAUCCCGCCGGGCUACGUGGGCAACGCCGUGGUGCCCGGCAGGGCGGUCUGCGCGGCCGGCGAGGUCCUGGAGAAAGGGCUGGGCUGGACGGCGUGGCAGCUGAACCGCGCCGUGGCGUCGUUCGACGAGGCGGCGCUGAGGGGGUUCCUGGAACGCUGGGUCCGGGAACCGAGGUUCUCGUUCACCGGGGACCUGUCGUCGGCGGCGGGGGGCGCGGGGCUGGAGACCGGGAGCUCGCCGCGGUUCGACGUGUUCGGGAACGACUUCGGGUGGGGACGGCCGGUGGGCGUGCGGAGCGGCCUCGGCGACAAGACGGACGGGAAGGCGACGGUGUUCGAGGGGCCGGAGCGGGGAGGGAGCAUGUCGCUGGAGGUGUGCCUGGCGCCGGACGCGCUGGAGAGGCUGGUCGCGGACCACGAGUUCAUGGACGUCGUGACCCUUCCCGCGCGCGUGUGACCCUUCCAGCUGAUGAGGGAUUGCUCGACUUGCGGUGUAGUGUCGCGUGUGCGUAUGCAUGGCCAUGUCAUCACGUCAAAACAUCCUCUCGUGUAUCCUCUACGAGUAUUUUUCUCCAUGGCCAUGCAGCUGCACGAUUUAUUUAGAAUCACAAGAACUUCUAGCUAAGGCGUGUGCCACACCAUUUACUUA